AUGUGUAUCACAAUCAUAGGCUCUUUAAAUUAUGAUCUGGUAACUUACACAGAUAGACUACCAAAUGCAGGGGAAACAUUUAAAGCCAAUAAAUUUGAAACCCAUAUUGGCGGGAAAGGUUUAAACCAAACAAUAGCAGUGGCCAAAUUAUCUAAAAACAUGCCUAUCAAAAUGUUAGGUCAUGUGGGGAACGAUACGUUUGGUGACAAUAUACUUGGAAUGUUAAGCAAAUAUAACGACCUUGAUUUGUCAGAUGUUCAAAGAGCUCCUCUUGGUCUCGGAACUGGUGUUGCAACUAUUAUUGUUGACCAAGGUUCUAACAAUCAAAAUAGAAUAUUGAUUACUGAAGGUGCUAACAUUUUAACCAACUACACUGCUUUUCAAUUGGAUCGAAUUUUCCCCCUUUACGGCGACAGUACAAGAGUUACUGGAAAUAACUCCAUUGGUACCACUCCCACAACUAUUACCAGUAACAGCAUGGCUAAUAUUAAUGAUGACGUUGAAUUUAUUGUUUUACAAAAUGAAAUCCCAAACUCUUGUUUUAUCAUCGAAUGGAUGUUUAAGUAUAGAUCAGAAAACCAAAUUGUUUUUAAUCCUUCUCCAUUUAACGAUCAAAUUUCAUCUUCCGUAUGGAAUAAGAGAAUUGAUAUUUUAAUUGUUAAUGAAGUCGAAGCAAUUCAAGUUUUACAAGCUAAUAUAACUAAUAGUAACUUAUUCACAAAUUUUCAAAAUAAGAUAUCUCAAGAUUUUAUUCAGGGCUAUCGAGAAAUUGCCACAUAUUUACAUCAACAUUUUAUAAAAAAAGAUAAUUUGGGUGCUGUAAUUAUUACAUUGGGUGCUAAAGGUUGCAUUUACCUUUCUAACAAUACAGAACUGACCUAUAAACCAAGUAUUUUUGUACCUAACGAACACAUAGUAGAUACCACCGGCGCUGGUGAUACCUUUUUGGGCGCCUGUAUUUCACAAUUAGCACAAGGUGCCACCUUGGACGAUGCUAUCCAUUUUGCCUUAAUUGCCAGUUCCAUCGUCAUACAGAAAAAAGGUGCUUCCCAAAGUAUCCCAAGUUAUGAAGAAGUUAUGAGAAAAAGUACUAGCUUAAUGUAA